AUGUUGUCACGCAUCAAGAAACAACAGGCGGAGACCCGCGACGCCGCUGGCCAAAGCCACAGUUCUGGCGGUGGUCCCUCAACGGCAAGUAGUGAACCCGUUGCAAUUUUGCGCCUAAAGAAGGACUUGGACAACUUGGACGGCAUCCGUAGCACGAUAGACAUCCCUGAUCCACAAAACAUGUUGCGGAUGAAGGUUACUGUGCGGCCGCCGUAUCCAUCCAUUUGGCAGGGCGGUAUCUUUGAGUUUUUGCUCGAGUUUAGGGAAGACUACCCGUACGAGGGGCCGAGGGUCCGUUACUUGGGCCCCUACCGCAUCUGGCAUCCAAAUAUUGAGGGAGACGAGUAUAUGGAAGGUGAAGGAGGAUUGAGAGGUGAUGUGAAGAAUACAUGGGGAGUGUGUCUGAGCUUUCAGACGGAGUGGAAGCCAACCAUGAGUCUACGGGAUAUUAUUAUUAUGAUUGAACUGCUGUUUCAGGACCCCAAUCCCGAUGACCCCCUCCAUGGAACCGCCAAACAGGCGGCACAAAUGAUGAAAGACAAUCCAGCAAAGUUCAGAGAUAAGGCGCGCCGGUGGAUGCGGGGGGGUUACAUUGAAUGA